AUGGAUGCCAUUGAGAAUCUCCUGACCUGGGCGAAGACUCAAGGCAUAACGAUAAACAAUGUCGGUCCAAGAGCCCUACCUGGCCGUGGCAUAGGCAUUGUCGCAACUGCACCUAUUAAGAAAGGCGAUGCAGUCCUCGAUGUCCCCAUCCCUUGCCUAAAAACAAUUAGGACAGUCCCAAAAUCGAUAUCCCGCCUCUUCCCAGAAGAUAUCGCGGUUCAUGCCCUCCUAGCAGCGGACAUCGCCCUCGACACAUCGUCAUCUUUCAAAACCUGGUCCGCCGUCUUCCCUUCGCCGCAAGACAUCUCCUCAUGUCCCUUGACAUGGCCAGAUUCACUCACAGCUCAUCUCCCAGCGGCGGCAUCUUCGCUCCUUUCGGCUCAACGUGAGAAAUUUGAGUCCCACUGGACUCUGGUCUCCUCGGCCCUGCCCGACCUCACCUAUGAAGCAUACCGUUAUGCAUGGCUUCUCGUGAACUCGCGCACAUUCUACCACGUCACCCCCAAGACUGCCAAACGCAGCAAGGAAGACCACAUGAUCCUCCAGCCCGUAGCCGACCUUCUCAACCAUUCUUCCAGGGGGUGCAACGUCGCCUUUGACGCAGAAUCUUUCACAAUCAGUGCCGACAGAGACUAUGCCCCUGGAGAUGAGAUACACAUCUGCUAUGGCCGACACAGCAACGAUUUCCUCCUCGUGGAAUACGGCUUCGUCAUGGGUGACGGAGAGAAUGAAUGGGAUGAGGCGUGCCUUGACGACGCGAUCCUCCCACGGCUGGAGGCCUCCCACAAAGAACAGCUCCAAGACCGUGGUUUCCUGGGGAAUUACGUAGCUGACGCCGACAUGGUCUGCUACCGUACCCAGGUUGCGCUUCGUACGCUUGUGCUCCCAGCGAGAAGGUGGGCGAGGUUUGUGGAUGGGUUCGAAGACAGUGAGGUGGAGCAGGGCAAGGCUGAUGAGAUUCUGAAGGAGUUGUUGGCUGCAUACGACAAUGACAUUUCCUCUAAAAUCGAGAUUGUAAACGGGCUGAGUGAUGGAGAAGAAUUUCAGCGGGAAAUGCUUGUAGCGCGUUGGAGGCAAGUGCAGGUGCUCAUCCGCACGACAGUGCAGAACCUCAAGGUCCAAUAA